AUGGAGGUCAUGUUAAGCACCACAGAUGGGGACGCCUUGAUAGAGACAGAAACUGUAGCAGCUGGAGAGAAACCCUUGAAUUGGAAAUCCCAAGAUGCGGAGAUCGAUGAGCGUAUCAAAGCACGUGAAAAGUAUGUGUUAGCCCUCUAUUUGAAAGGAAUAUACCCUGACUUUCUCCAUAGGACUGUAUAUCAUCCUGGUGGUACUGCUGCCAUGGGAAAAGUUGUCGAUACCAGUUUACGCGUAUAUGGAGUUGAAGGACUGCGUGUCGUUGAUAUAAGUGUACUUCCUUUGCCCAUUUCGGGUCGUUAUCAGGCUUGUACUUACGCUCUCGCGGAGCAGGCAGCCGGGAUUAUCGAAGCCGACUUGUAACCAUGCUUUCCUGUUUAUAGAAUAUGAUGUGGAAAUAUUCAGAAGAUCAUGAACCUUUACUUUGAGGGAUUUGUCAAUAUAGAUAUCGGCGUAAAGCACAGUAUCCUCCGAGUUCGCGCACUCGAGUUAUCCUCGCUUAGCAUCGCCAAGUGACUUG